AGAGUUGAGCAAGACUUGAAAAGUACCGUGAGUUUGUUGAUAUCCUUUAUUGAAAACAGAUUGACCCGUCUUCAAUUUGAUCGAUUAUUAACGUUUACAAAUACCUACAGUUGUAUUACAAAAGUACUUUGAAAUGUUUUGGCAAAGUUUAGAGGUAAUUUUUUUAGAUAUUUUGUCGUGACUGUGCAAAUUGGACGAUGCUUUUUCUGGUACAACGGCGCCAAAUAAAUGGACAAUUUGGAUAUAUAUGGACGGAAUUAAUCGAACAAAAGGACCAUUUGUGAUGUUUAUGGGACAUAUUGGAGUGCCAACAAAAGAAUCUCGUCAAAGCUCUAGGUAUGAAUUGAGGAUGAAUGUGAACCAGCAGCCUCCCAUGGCAUCUCCGUACGGCCAGCCCCAGCCUGGCUAUGGCCAGCCUAGCUACGCUCCCUUGGGAGGCGGCUACCCCGGCCCCUACGGACCCUACAGCGGCCCCGCUACAGCCUACCAGCCUGGGGCUCCACAAGGUUAUUCUACCUAUGCCAGCUUUCCCUCUAAGGCUGUGGCAGCUAACCCAGUCUCUGACCUGGCCUCUCCUCUUGACUUGGGAUCUGCCAGGGGCCCCACUCCAGUCUCCACCAGCCAGGCCUACUCCCAGUAUGCCCAGGGAGACAUUCAGAAUGGACCCCCACCUAUGGAUCACUCUAUGGCUCAGCCAGCUCACAGGCCUCCAGUGUCUCAGCCGUAUAGCCAAGGUGCUAUGAACUUGUCGGGGCCACACCCUUCUUACCCCCAGCAGUACCAGGCACAGCCCUCCAUGCAACAGAUGACCAAUCAGAUGUCAGGGAUGCAGGUCGGGUCAGGCCCCCUCACCUCUACUGGGCCGGGAUAUGCUCCACCUCCCAGCUCCAAGCCUCCAAUCAGUGCUGCCUACUCCGCUGCAGCCCCUCCCUCCUAUACCCAAGCUCCCCCAGUGUCUGGUGCCCCAUCCCAGCCUCCCCCUCCCAGUGAGCCUGCAGCCCCCCAACCUUACUAUGAUGGCCCUCCUCCCUCUCAACAACAACACUUCCCCUCCUCCGCCCCCCCUCCCUCACAACCCUUCCCCUCCUCUCCAUACUCGGGUCCUCCCCCUUCCAGCCAACCAUGGGCCCCUGCAGACUCUCGACAACAGUCCUUCCCACCUGGCCCCCCUACCCCUGCUCAGCAAACCUUCCCCAACUCUGCUCCUCCUCCAGUCUCCCAGGCCUCGUACUCUGGCCCCCCUCCCUCCUCCCAACCUGGCCCUUUCCCACCUACCUUUGCACCCCCUGCCCAGUACCCUGCCCCCCAGCCCCCGUCCCAACCCGGGCCACCUCCCUUCCACUCUGGCCCCCCUCCCCAAUGUCCCAUGCCACCCCCUUCCAUGUCCCAGCAGCAGGCCAACCACCUUCCCCCCGGCCCCAUGCAGCAGCCUCCUCAGCCUGGCAUGCAGGGAGGAUACCCACCCCAGCAGAAUGGUGCAUUUGGGCAGCCCAGAGGCCCCCAGCCCAGCUAUGCAGGCCCGCAGUAUCCUGGGCAACAGAACUACGGAGCAGGCCCUGCCCCCACCACUGCACCCACACAGAAGAGACUGGACCCUGACUCAAUCCCCAGCCCGAUCCAGGUGAUUGAGGACGACCGGGCCAACAAGAGCAGUGAGCCGUUCACCACGGGGGUCAAAGGUCAGACUCCGCCCCUUGUCACCACCAACUUCCAGGUGAAAGACCAGGGCAACGCCAGCCCGCGCUUCAUCCGCUGUACAGCCUACAACAUACCCUGCACGGCCGACAUGGCCAAACAGUCCCAGGUCCCCCUGGCAGCCGUAAUCAAACCUCUAGCCAUGUUGCCCCCUGACGAGACCCGUCCGUACAUCGUGGACCAUGGGGAGGCCGGUCCUAUCCGCUGUAACCGCUGUAAGGCCUAUAUGUGUCCCUACAUGCAGUUCAUCGAGGGCGGACGCCGCUUCCAGUGUGGCUUCUGCAGCUGCGUCACAGACGUGCCUCCCCACUACUUUCAGCAUCUGGACCACACAGGGAAGAGGGUGGACUGCUGCGACCGGCCAGAGCUCUCGCUGGGCAGCUACGAGUUUGUGGCAACCGUCGACUACUGCAAGAACAAUAAGCUCCCCCAGCCCCCGUCGUUCAUCUUUUUCAUCGAUGUGUCUUACAACGCCGUGAAGAGUGGCAUGGUUAACAUCGUCUGUCAGGAGCUCAAGACUCUACUGGACUACCUGCCCAGGGAGAAUCCAGAGGCAGACUCGGUGGUGCGUGUGGGUUUUGUGACCUACAACAAGGUGUUGCACUUCUACAACGUCAAGUCCAGCCUGGCCCAGCCCCAGAUGAUGGUCGUCAGUGACGUCAGUGACAUGUUCCUCCCUCUGCUCGACGGCUUCCUGGUCAACGUCAACGACAGCCGGAUGGUCAUCGAGAGUUUGCUAGACCAGAUUCCGGAGAUGUUUGCAGACACCAGGGAGACUGAGACUGUGUUUGGACCAGUCAUCCAGGCAGGACUGGAGGCACUGAAGGCUGCAGACUGUGCCGGGAAGCUGUUUUUGUUCCACUCCAGUCUGCCCAUCGCUGAGGCUCCUGGGAAACUGAAGAACAGAGAGGACAAGAAACUGGUGGGAACAGACAAGGAGAAGUCUCUGUUCCAGCCCCAGUCUGGUUUCUAUAGUAACCUGUCUAAGGAGUGUGUAGCACAGGGCUGCUGUGUGGACCUCUUCCUGUUCCCCAACCAGUACGUCGACGUGGCAACGCUCGGCGUGGUGCCCGUCUCCACUGGCGGCUCAGUCUACAAAUACACCUACUUCCAGGCUGAGAUGGACCGCGAGCGGUUCCUGAAUGACCUGCGGCGAGACGUUCAGAAGCCGAUGGGCUUUGACGCUGUCAUGAGGGUCCGAACGAGCACAGGUAUCAGAGCAACAGAUUUCUUCGGCUCGUUCUUCAUGAGUAACACGACAGACGUGGAGCUGGCAGGGCUGGACUGUGACAAGACUGUUACCGUGGAAUUCCGCCAUGACGACAAGCUCAGCGAGGACACGGGGGCACUCAUGCAGUGUGCGGUGUUGUACACCAGCUGUAGUGGUCAGCGGCGUCUGAGGGUCCACAACAUGGCGGUCAACUGCUGCUCCCAGCUCGCCGACCUCUACCGGAACUGUGAGACAGACACAAUCAUCAACUUCUUCUCCAAGUAUGCGUACCGCAGCCUAUUGAACACCCCCACCAAGACGGUGAGAGACACCUUGGUGAACCAGUGUGCCCAGAUUCUGGCCUGCUACCGCAAGAACUGUGCCAGCCCCUCGUCUGCCGGACAGGUCAGUCACUCACACAGCCCCCCUCUUGGACAGCUGAUCCUACCAGAGUGUAUGAAGCUGCUGCCGGUCUAUUUGAACUGUGUGUUGAAGAGCGACGUGCUGCAACCGGGAGCUGACGUCUCAGUAGACGACAGAGCCUACCUGAGACAGCUGCUCAGCUGUAUGGACGUAUCAGAGAGCCACGUCUUCUUCUAUCCCCGCCUCCUUCCCCUGGUUAAGUUGGAUGGAGGGUCGUUGCCAAUGGCAGUGCGUAACUCGGAGGAGCGCCUGUCAAAGGGUGGAGUCUACCUCCUGGAGACAGGGCUCUACCUCUUCCUGUGGGUGGGAGCCAAUGCCCAGCAGGAGCUGCUCAGCAACAUCUUCGGCACUCCCACCUUCAGCCAGAUAGACCCCAACAUGACGAGUCUGCCAGAGCUGGACAACCCGUUCUCCCAGAGACUCAGAGAGAUAAUCGUCUCCUUCAGAUCACAACGAUCACGAUACAUGAAGUUGAUGGUGGUGAAGCAGGAGGACAAGGCGGAGCUAAUCUUUAAACACUUCCUGUGUGAGGACAAAAGCGCCAGCGGAGGAGCUUCCUACGUCGACUUCCUGUGUCACAUGCACAAGGAAAUCCGCCAGCUGCUCAGCUAGGACCCUUGACCUCUGAUUCUUCAACCCUGACCCUGUCGCCCCUCAGAAGCGCUUUCUUUUAUUUACCUAAUAAACUGAACCCCUCUCCCUCUGUCAGCGAGAGGCCAGAGACAUUUACACAGCCUCAUGGCAGAUUCCAUGUGUCAUCAUAUGACUCUAAACUAUUCCAAACGUCAAGCUCUAAAACAACUCAAGCUAAUCCACUGGCCAACGGAGGAGGUAGAGAGAGUGUGUGUGUGUGUGUGUGUGUGUGUGUGUGUGUGUGUGUGUGUGUGUGUGUGUGUGUGUGUGUGUGUGUGUGUGUGUGUGUGUGUGUGUGUGUGUGUGUGUGUGUGUGUGAGGGAGAGCACUGCUGUUGAUUUGUACUAGGUGUUCUGUCUAGCACUGAAGCCUGUUGUAGCUGUACCCCCCCCCCCCCCCCGGCCCGUAGUAGAAACACCCAGUAGAACUAAGGAAGAUGACACAAACUAGACAGAAAUAAAUACUGUUUUCCAUCUCUAUAAUAAUUUUUCUAUUUGUCUUUAUUCUCCCUCCUGUAUGUUGUGUGUGUGCUCCUCUGUGACUUUUAGAAACACUACUAAGGCAAUAGGAGAGAGGGCAGGAGUAUAUAGAGAUAAACUGUGGUGAUAGAGGUUCAUCUACCAAUUGAAAUGUCUAUGCAUUGAAUCAUCCAGACAGGUGAGGGGUUUGAACUUUCACCUCUGACACCCUCACAGGGUCAACCAGCGUUGGGUCCCACUAUGACUUGCACAGGCACACAGUACAGACGAUUUGGUGGAGGUGUGUGUGUGUGUGUGUGUCAUGUUGUCUUUACUAACGUGUGCAUCUGAUAAGAGACCAUUCUGACACAAUGAUUCCUGUUCCCUGUGUGUCUUCCUGGCUGUAUUUGUCCUAUCUGUGAAGGGAGGGAGUUACUGGCGGUGCUUCUCAAUAUUGAGGUCAGUCAGAGAAUAACGGAGUCAUGUUCAGGAGGUACGAGACUGGAGAAACUAUUUGAAACAAGGAAGUACGUUAUUUAAAAAAAAAUCCGUAGCAGAAUGUUUUGCUAUGUUGUCCCUUGCUGAACACGACCCUAUGCUCCAAAUACAGCUGUGUCUCUGAGUUGUCACCCUCAGGACUGUCUGCUGUAGCACCUCAGUUCAGAUUUACAUAUAUAUAACCUGCGUAUAUAACCUGUACAGAAUUAAAUCCUCCAUUUUAAACACCUGUCUCAAAUGCUGUGGUUUGUUAGUCCAAAUCAGUCGCUGCCCCUCUCUCUCACACACACACGCUUGGUUCAAAAGCACUCCUGCUUUUUACUUCUAUCGCAGGGGGGAUGGGGGUGUGUUUCUAAGGCAGAGGGAUCCGCUCAUAGGUACACACAGAAUAAUUUUCAUUUCUGAUUGUGUGUUUAUUUUCUUGUCUUUACCACUGAUUUUGUGUUUGUUACCCUCCAACCCGUCUCUGUUGAAUGGCCCUUCUUUCUGACUGAGAUUUUAAGUUUCACUUUUCUUUGGUUUUGUAUUUGUCAUUUCUCCCUGGACUCCUUAAUAAAGUUAUUGUUGAAUCACAA